AUGGCCGAAUUUGGAGUCAAAAUCGAUCGUCUUACUGAACGUCUUCGGCGUGGUACAGCCCAGUGCGAUCUUAUCGAACAACGAGCUUGUCUUACCGAAGAACGUUUAUCGACUCUUAAUAAUUCUGUUCAAAAUCUUGCUCGUCUUAUCGAAGUGAGCCUUUUAAUGCUUGCUUCAUCAGAUCGAGAAAAAGUCGCAUGGAUACAAUUAAAUGAUAAUGAAAAUAAUCAAUUGACAAAUCCAAUAAUAAAACAAUUUCUUUAUCGUCUUGAAUCUUAUCUGCAUCGUUCAUUUAUUGACGAUGAAGAAAAACUAUCGUACAUUAAAGCAUUAUCUAUUGUUCGUAAACCUUCGCUUGUAUCAUCAAGUUAUUAUUGA